UUCAAGUCGGGUCGGUUCAAGUCAAUAAUUUGGGGGUUAUAAUCAGGUUGGGUCAUUUCCAAGUCGGGUUAUUCUUGGAUUCAAGUCGGGCUAUGUUCAAGCCUGGAAUUAAUGAAAUAGGUUUUUUUUUUCUUUUUUUUACAAGAAAUAUAAUACUACUUGGUAUGUAGUUAAAGGUUAUAAAUCUAUUCUUAUGCAAUAAACUUUCCUUAACUAUUAUUAAUUACUCUAUAAUGUAUAUUUAAAUGAUUAAUUGCCUUACAAUUUUGUAUUGCAUAAGAUGGUUUUUUUUUUUAUUAUAUUUUUUUUCAAGGAUAAAAGAGUUUCCUCAAUGGCAAAAAUUUAAAAAUUAAGCUACAACACAUCAAUUUUUUUUUUUAAGCUUAAUUUUUCUUAAUGUAUUUUUCCUCUAACUUACUUGGACAAUUUUUCUUAAAAAUAAUUUCUCAGUUAAUCUAAAGUUGAUUGACUUGAUCCCCCUUUAUCCUUUGCUCUUCUCAGCUAAUGUGUUUGACAUAAUUGAUUUAUCCUCCUAAAACUUUCGCAUAUUAUUAUCAGUCAUCAGCAUUUCUCAAGAGAAGAUGCUGAGAUCAAUUUUUCUGAAGGAGACUGUUCGAUUAAAUUCCAGGCUUUCUGGGUUUAAUCAAUUGAGAGGAUUGCACAGCAGAAACAAGAAAGCCAUGGAAUUUAUAGCAAAAGGGUGGAGUGCUAUGAAGGAAGUUGAUAGAGUUAUUGAUUAUUGUGAACUUAAUGACAAGCGUCUCAUUCCUCUUCUUAGGGGUGCUAAGGAGAAUUUUGAGUUGGCUUUAGAAGUUGAUAAUUCCAAUACCAAUGCGCGCUAUUGGUUAUCCAAGCUGCACCUUAAAUAUCACGUUCCAGGGGCAUGUAAAGCAGUAGGAGCUGCUUUGCUGGUGGAAGCUGCUGAUAUGGGAAAUCCUGAUGCACUGUAUGAACUAGGUGGCCGCUUAAGAAUUGAGAAUGACUAUGUUCAAUCAUCUCAGCAAGCAUUUUAUUAUCUGGAAAAGGCUGCCGAACAGUUGCAUCCAGGCGCUCUUUAUCUUUUAGGUGCUGUGUACCUAUCAGGGGACUGUGUGAGGCAAGACAUGGGAUCUGCAAUGUGGUGUUUUCACAGAGCAGCAGAGAAGGGACAUGCUGGUGCAGCUGUAGUAUACGGAUCUCUUCUCCUUAGAGGUCACACAGUUCCAGAGUCCAUAACUAAAUUCAACUUGAAGAAACGAAAGGCUGGGAAAACAAAUUCUGUGAACUCAAAGGCUAACCCAAUAGAACUUGCAAAAGAACAGUUCCACAUUGCUGCUAACGCAGGAUGUGAUCUUGGCUUCAAGUGGCUAAGUAGAAUUGAGGAGGAAGAGAAGAACUUGUUGAGUGAACAGUAGACUCUGAGAGAUCGGACUUUUGUGAUAUAUAUAUAGAAAAUGUCAGUCAUUUCACCUUUCUUUUUCAUCAUCUAUUAUGGAGGCAGCGUGGACAGGCUGUGCUGUAUUGAUGCUUUUCCCUGCAGUUCAUGGAAGACGGAACUAUGGAGUAUUUCUAAGAAUAUGUAGAGCAUUUCACCUUUCAAAGUUGAUUUCAUAGAAGAAAAUAAAUUACUUUAUGCGCAAUAUACAUUAUACUUGUAUUUAAUGUAUUUAAUGAAUCAUGUUUAUGGGAAGAAAGGGCAUUGUAGGUGAAUUAGUUACAAGGAAUGUUAUAAAUACAACACAUUAGAAAGAUACAAAAAAUGAUGAAAUUUAUGCAAGUUUGAAUUUACUUUUUUUAUGUUAGCCAGCAGAAGACGCUUCAAAGAAAAA